AUGAGUGACCUUGCAAUGUACUUAGAGCAGAUUAUAAGGGAGGCACAUGCACACCCAGCAGUGAACGGAAUUGUGCUCUGGGCGUCAUGGAAACCGAUAGGAUGCUACGAAAUGUGCCUGACAGACAACAAUUUCAAGAACUUGCCCACCGGCGACGUGGUCGACAAGAUCAUCUGGGAAUGGACUCACAAGGGCUUGUCAGGCAUUACAGAUGUUGAUGGGUACUUUGAGAGUUCACUUUUUCAUGGAGAUUAUGAAGUCACAGUCACUCACAGGGAUGUUUUGGGUGGUUCAUCCUUGGCUCAAAGCUUCAAGGUGACUCCAACUGAGAACUCUCAUAAACCACUACAUGUCAAGGUCUCAGCAUGA